AUGUCUGCUCCUCUAAGGGUCGUCAGCGUACGCUAUGGCGAUUAUGGUAACGGGUCUGCUUCACCUAGCAGGAUUGUCAAGAGGCGAUCUACCGUGACUGGUCCAGGCGCCCGCCCGUCUCUGAUACGGCGGAAUACUGUAGCGCGUCAACAACCCGUGACGCAGCGCAAGUCAGUGUUGUAUGAUGCCAUCGAUUCGCUGGAGAGUCGCAGUGACCACAUCGACACCAUCUUAAGCGUUUCGCCGAUGGACCAUAUCUCAGAUUUUGGACAACUGUUGCCAGGUCGUGGCUCUGGUCUUGAUCGUCAGUUCAAUAUCAUCGAGGCUCUUUUGCAAUAUCAGACACUUAUCAAGGAGCAUGGUAUAGAUCCACCUGUACCAGACGAUGAUGACGGCGUGCAGCUGAAAGACUGCGAAGCAUACAACUACGACAUUCGACUGUUGAUUGAGUUGGGCAACUGGACUAUCAAUAAUCUAUCAGAGGUUAUGCAAGAGUGCAACGACCUGAAGGCUGAUGGCGAAGCAUCUGCAGAGAAGAUGGUGGAGUUGGAGAACCGCCUCGUGGAGCUAAAAGAAGAACUCGAUCACACUGAGAGCGCAUGCGAAAGCUUCGAACAUCAAGUGCGAGAUAUCAUGGCUUUGCGCGACGAGUGUGAGGAAGAUCGAGCUGCAUUAGGCCAAGAGAACAUCCGACUGAAGAAGGAGAAUCAUGAACUGAAAGAGACUGAAGCUGAUUUACUCGCACGGAAUGAGGAGAAUACGGUAGAAAUUGGCCAACUCACAGAUAAGCUCUCGCUGAUGAAAGGACGUCUGAACCGGCAGAAUUCCAAUACCUCGUUCCGGUUCAAUGGCACGGGAGAGGACAGCAAUAUGAGUACUGGCAGCACAAGCGAUAGCCACAGCCACUGCCGCCACACAGACACCCACACAGACACAGCCAAGCCGGAUGAUACAAACAAACUUGCUUUGGCAUUGGCCAUUGCGGAGAAACAGAUGAUGAUGAAGGCUGUUAGCUUCUUACAGGCGGAGCUCGCGACUGUCAGCGAACUCAAUGAAACUCUGACUACAGAAGUACGCGAGUACAAGGAGGUGGCGUUGGAGGCGAGGGACCGCUUAGAACUGCUAGAAGCAGAAAAAGUCAACUAUAUUCCAUCGAUUAAUGAGUCAUAUGGCGAUUCGCCGUUUAUGUCGAACAGUUCGACCGUCAACAAGAAUAUUACACGUAUACCAGACUUAGACAACGAAGAUGAAGAUUCCGACUGCGAGUACUCCACACCCAGCAACAAACUGUCUUUCGAUGACGACAGCGACAUACGUGCAGCCCUCAGUUCGACCAUUAAAUCAUUCCCUGAACUCAACACUCCCAUGAAGGAUACAGAUAUUGAACCGCUGCCUGUUCGGGCUGUAGCGCCACAGCCACUUGUACCAACCGCAAGUCAUACAGACACGGACGAGGCGAAGGCUUCUGCAACACAUCAGCAAUUGGCCCAGCAGGACAAGGAGAGAAAAGCCAGUAGCAGCCAUCAAGCAUCCGAACACUCGGAAAUGCAACAAGACACAACGCCCAUCAAAUCAAGUAGAAGGGUGUCGAUCUUGGAGAAUGCUGGCGUGGAUGUAUCGUGUCUCGUAGAGAUGGCAGAUUCACAGGCAGUUAAUGUAUUGAACGUUAGUGACGCCAGCAAAGAAUGCGGUGAUCAGACAGGGGCAAAUAUACGGCCAUCUACCACGGACGCUGGCGGUGCAUUACGUAUUAUCGCAGUUGAGUCCACUGAUCAGGUCACGACUGACGCCCAAGAGCCAACAAAGGGGGUCAACAUGGACAAUAACCAUGACCUGGGAACCGCGGAAGCUCUUUAUGAUACUUCGGUGGGUGUCAUUACCAAGACACCACACGAGGACGCGCCCACAUCAGUCGUCACCACGCCCGUCCGCAUUAUUCCGAAGCACAAAACCGCGCGGACGACACCGCCUAAUCCGGUGACGCGCCAAGAAGCCGUGGUCGCCUUUUAUACUCUCGAUGACGAUAUUGGCACCGCAACGUCCGCUUUAGGUCUUACGGGUCACCUCCAGAAAGCGAAUGAUCUCGCUGGAAUGAUGUCAAAACAAGGUCCAACAGAGGAGUUGACAAGCACAUCUCGUACCGUGAUCGUGGCCAAUACCGAAAUCCGCCAGAAAUCAGACAACAGCUUAUCGGACAAUACGACAACCAUCACCAAAACCUCCAACGAGAAGGGUAAGAGAAGCAGUGCCACAAGCACGCGAUCAAGCAUGGUGGAAGUGCGGGGCAGUGGCAGCGGUGGCAGACGAGUGAGCGACGCGAAUUCGAAUAUGGGUGUGGACAGGGAUGCUAGGCUGAGAAACAGCUCCCAAGAGUCUGCGACAGUGAGUGCACACGACUAUCCCCAGGCCGAAAGGAAGACCCGGCGGGUAUCCAAGUCACGACAAUACUCACAGCCGGAUUCGCACAACAACACCAUUGACGAGAACAGGAUAUCCACGCAUGUGUCCCCGGGUACCUUUGAACUGACCGGCGACCCCAACGCUCGUCCACCCCCCUGGGAAAAGAUGCGCCCUGCGUCUAUGCUGAGUAUGAACAGUUUUAUGGCUCCUAAUGUUGAGGAUGUAGUCCGGCAACAACUGAAAGAGAACGGAGGCGAUGGGUCUGCAGUCGUUUACGACAGCCAUACAGACGGAACCAUCAGCGCACAGUCCAAUGCAACGGCGCACAGAUGCGAGUCCGAUAUGCCUGAGCUAGAGCUUUGGAUGAUGACUGUAAUGAAGGGAGAUUGGUUCUUGAAACCCGGUGCAUUUGGAAGGAAGCAGAAGCGGUUCAUAAUCGCCAAUCCGUUCAACCGCACAAUAACCUGGGCUAAGCAGCGAGGCGAUGUCAGCAAAAAGUGCACAGCGAGGAUGGCGGAGGUUCAGAAGGUGCGAAUGAUCGAUGUCUGCGGGAAGGACUACGUGCUCAAAAUCGAAACCAACCGACAGUCGUUGAUUCUGAUCACGCAAACGAAGGAAGUAGCUCUCACGUGGGCGCAAGCCCUCCUAGCAAUGACAAAAGGAGAAUUCUCACCGAAAGUUGGAAUGAAGAUCUCGCAAGAUUCCCACGACAUUCUAUGCCAUGCGAGUGUAUAGAGUAUAGCCUAAAUCCAAUAUAAUUCCCAAUUUUACGAGAGAAAACCCAAGAAUAUAGUAAAGGGAAUGGUGCCAAUGCCAUUCUAGAGGGUCGCACGAGUCAACUACUCCAUUAGCGGCCUUGUAACGUAAUCGGGACUUUAGAAACAUUCCUGUUUAAAUAAAUUUAGAAAAUUUAAAAAAAAAC